UGGCGCUCACUUCCGCAGUUAGUUGUUCGCUGCGAUGCGAAGACGACACAUGGAAGAAGACGAUUCCUGACAUGUGGCUUUAUUUUUUUUCGUCAUAUUCAUCCUUGGAGCACAAAUUUGUGGAGAUAUCAACGCCUGUUGGGAAAAGAGGACGGAGGAAAGGACGUGAGAGGAGAGCUACUUUAUAUGGUUGGAGCACUGGUUGGAAGGAAACCACAAAAGAAGUAGUCUUGGCCAACUUGACAGUUGGAGUGCUCACUAUUCUCCUUGAGGAUGGAUCAAGCACCAUGGAGCUCCAGCCUACAUCAACUGCUGUUGUCGUGGAGGGAAGUAUUGUUAUAGAUAACAUCAAAGAUUUCCCUCGAGCAGUUUGCCUGCUAUUUGGACUCAUAUACGCGUUGCACCUUCAGUAUCCAAAGCCCAUGGAAAACUCUUUGAAAUUUAUUCAAAUGGUGAUGCUGGGUCUUGGAAACACAAGACUUCCACCAAAACUCCAAACUCUAAAAAACAAAUUGUUGAGCAAAUGAGAAAACCACAGUAGUUGCACUUUUUUAUGCCAUGUUAUGGCAUGUUACACAAACUGUAAUGCUAUGACAUUGAGAGUUUGAUUCAACACAGCACAAUAAGGCUUAGCAAAAAACAUAAAUAAACUAAAAUUGUGGAGUUUGGAAUAUCAGUUGUAGUGUAGUCUGAAGUAUUCUAUUCAUGUUCAUGAAAAAAGGUGUAUGUUGUUCUUACAUAUUGUCAAUGAAGAAUUCUUAAUUUUAAAUGUAGUUUUACUUGGAAAAAUAUUGUAACUUACCUCACAAUGUAGGAUCUCACUAUGCCAUUGCAUAUAUGAAAGGAUGUAGUGUACAACAGUGUAUUAGGGUCGUUUUGCAAAUGAAAAAAGGAGUAAAUCUCUGCCAAAAAAACUCUGAAAUUUUCAGAUUAAUUUCCGAAAUUUUCAAGAACAAGGAAGAUCUCUGCGCACCAAAGGACGUAAACUUGUGAGGCGAUUAUUUCAAUGAAUUUCAUUUAAAAAAAUUGGAAGUUGUAAAUUUGCAAGGAAAAAAAUCUCAAAUUUCCAUGAUUAAAGGCUAAAA